AUGGAAAUAUCGAUGCCCCCACCUCAGAUAUAUAUAGAAAAAACUCUGGCCAUUAUCAAACCAGAUAUUGUUGACAAAGAGGAGGAGAUACGAGAUAUAAUUAUCAGAUCUGGAUUCACCAUUGUUCAGAGAAGAAAACUACAUUUCAGCCCUGAGCAAUGUAGUAACUUUUAUGUGGAACAGUAUGGGAAAAUGUUUUUCCCCAAUUUAACGGCUUACAUGAGUUCUGGACCACUUGUUGCCAUGAUAUUAGCUAGACAUAAAGCCAUCGCUUACUGGAAAGAACUUUUGGGACCAAGUAAUAGCUUAGUAGCUAAGGAGACACACCCAGACAGCCUAAGGGCAAUUUACGGGACAGAUGACCUAAGGAAUGCCCUUCAUGGGAGUAUUGAUUUUGCCACAGCAGAAAGAGAAAUUCGAUUCAUGUUUCCUGAAGUGAUUGUUGAGCCCAUUCCAGCUGGACAAGCUGCUAAGGACUAUUUAAAUUUAUAUGUAACACCAACUCUGCUUAAAGGACUCACAGAGCUUUGUAAGCAAAAAUCAGCAGAUCCUUGUAUUUGGCUAGCCAAUUGGCUGCUGGAAAAUAAUCCCAACAAACCUAAACUUUGUCACCAUCCAUUUGCAGAAGAACCUCAUUAA